AUGCAGCGCAGGAACAUACGCAGACAUGCUCAAGAUUGUCAAACUGAGCCCUCUCUACAGGGACUCAAGGACAAUGUGCAAGGAUUGCGGAGGACAGCGAACGGUGGACUCCUCCUAAGAAUGCAGAAAAACCUGGACCCAUCCACGCAGCAGCUGCAAGCAGCCCUAAAGACUGCCAUCUCCGGUAAAGCAGAGGUGGCGGUUAUGCAGGAGACGGUCCAAGUGGAGAUCCGCGACCUAGACGACAUGACCAGCGCGGAUGAGGUCACCAUGGCCCUGUUUGCGGGAGAAGAGUGCGACGUACCACGAGACGCCUCACCCAGGAUGAGAAAAGGGUUCGGCGGAACGCAAAUAGCGACGGUCAACCUCAGACCCGAGCAUGCGCGGAGGUUGCUCGAAAAGGGCAGAAUCCGGAUAGGAUGGGUCGUAUGCCGUAUCCGAGAAAAAACUGAGCCAAAGCGAUGCUACAAAUGCAUGGGCUUCGGACACACCUCGGCACGAUGCCGAGCCUCCGACGCAACAGCUAAAGCCACACAGGAGUCAUGCUUCAAAUGUGGUGGCAUGGGCCACAAGCACAAUACGUGCCAAAACAAUCCCAAGUGCAUCCUAUGCACCCGAGGAGGCAAGCACGCGAAGGAGGCAGAGCACGCUACAAUAAGCAGGACCUGCCCAGAAUACCAGAGAGCCGUCAAAGCAGCCCAAGACCUACUGUCGCAGACGGCGAUUGAGCAGAGAAUCGACAUCGCUAUACUGAGUGAACCCUACAAGGCAAAACCAGAAGGAGUAUGGCAGCAAAGCGCGGAUGGCGGGUCUGCCAUCUGGAGCUGUGGACAGCCUCCGGAACACCUAUCGCAGAGAGCUUCGAGACCUGGCUACGCCAGGGCCAAGUGCCAGGCGACUACAAUAUACAGCUGCUACCUUCCGCCAAGUAUGCACAUAGAUGCAUUCAAGGAUGUAAUCCAGGAGAUUGCCCAAGACGCUCGGGGACGAUCCCCGGUAAUAAUUGCCGGGGACUUCAACGCAUGGUCCACCACGUGGGGGAGCACGGCAACAACUCAGAGGGGAACCGCCUUACUAGAUGCCCUGGCGACCCUGGAUGUCUGCCUUCUCAACGACGGAGGCAAAUGCACAUACAGCAAGGCAGGCCGAGAAUCAAGUAUCGACCUAACCUUCGCCAGCCCGGAGCUCACUAGGAGCGUCUACUGGGAAGUCACUGACCUCCUCACCUACAGCGACCACGCAGCGAUAGUGAUAAAGACGAGUCACUCCCUGCCGAGCCUUCCGAAUCGGCAACCUGCCUACAAAGUAGGCACUCUAAAUGUCGAGGAACUCCUAGAAAACAUGGAUGGCAAUACCAUUUCUGGCGACGCAAACACUUGCGCAGACGAGGUAUCUGCGAGGAUCAAGACAGCUUGCGAUGCGGCAAUGGAGAGCUCGACUAGAGGACAAGGAAGGCGACCAGUCCCCUGGUGGAACCAAGAGAUAGCCACAGCCAGGAAAGAGUGCAUCUCUGCGAGGCGCAGGUGCCAACGAAGCCGUGGACGGCCCAUGCAGGAGCUAUUUGAGGCUCGCUACAGGGAAAGAAAAAAAGCCUUAAAGGUGGCCAUUAGAGCAAGCAAGCGGGAGUGCUUCCAGCAGCUGUGCGACGAGGCGGACCAGGAACCUUUUGGAUCUGCCUAUAAGCUCGUCAUGGCCGCCCCUAAUGCCACCCAGCAUAACGGCGAGCGAAGCUAUCACCAUCAGCGAAGAGGAAGUCAUGAGCGCGGUGGCCAGUAG